UGGACAGCAGGGACGGUCAAACCGGUGGGAACAGGAAGUUUUACGGAGAGGCCACUGGGCAGAAGGAGCACCCACCGUGUGUUUGUCAGUAUGACAGGUUUGUGAAUCCAGGACAUUUAUGAUUGCCAUGAGAAGCUCCAGAGGGAUGCUGAGUUCCUGUGCUCACAUCAGAAGAUGGACACUGAACUGGUGGACCAACUGGUGCUGCAGCUGAACAGGAUCUAUCCCCAGAUACUCAGUGACAAGGAAGCGCACAGGUUUAGGAACCUGAGUGUACCCACAGAGGUGAGGUUAGAGGAGCUCUUAACACAUCUGUAUCUGAAGGGAGAGGAGGCUUGUCAUGAAUUCUACAGAGGGCUUCACAUCCACGCUGAGGAUGUCUACACAAACCUGCCCACCAGAGUUACAGAGAGAGAUACAGCAGAUCCAAAUUGGAUUUUCGAUGUGACCAGCUCCCCUGAACGAUACGUGCUAAAUGAUAGAGGCCCAAUGUUCUUCCUGAGCUGUUUUAGUUUUUUAGUUGGUGUUGCAAUGCUCUACUAUUAUGGAGAGGUUGAUACAUUGAAAUGUACCGGUCCAUUUCUUCAGUGCUCUGCAGUAGCAAUCAGUCAAGGUGCUAAAGAUAUUUUAAUAUCCUAUACUGAGGUUUGAAAGCAGAACAGAGGAGGCCGUUAAAGUGCUACAAUGCUGAAGAACAAGUCCUUGGAGAAGAACAAGCCAUAAAACUUGCCUUUUUGCAGUGCCAAACUCAUUCUCACUUGAAGAGCUGUCUAACCUUUUUACAACAAGAAUUUUGUUUAGGCAAAACUUGUUUUGCAAUCCUUGUGAAAUGAAGAUGCAUAUCAGUCUAUUUCCUUUAGCUGAAACUCUUUUUUUUUAAUUAAGAUUUGUUUUUGGGCUUUUUAUGCCUUUAUUGACAGAGGAGGACAGUAGACAGAAUUGGAAACCAGGAUGAGAGAGAUGAGGAGAGACGUGGGAAAGUAGCACGGGCCAGAUUCAAACCUGGGCUAACAGCGUACAUGGGGCUCGCUUUAAACCACUAGGCCACCUGCGCCCCUAAAACUCAGUUUUAAUUAAAGACAUACAGCAUAAUGUUCCACCAAGACACUUGUAUGUAUGAAAUGUAUUUUCUGUGCAUAAUUCCAAUCACAUUUCUAAGUAAUACAUAAAAAUAUCAUCUGGUGGGAGCUUUCACUUAAUGUCACCCCCUCUGCAUUAAAUUUAAACAGAAACAUUAAAGGGUGUGUUUCCCACCUGAAUAAGAUUUGACUUGAUUUAAACUCAGCCACUGAUAUUUGCAAAAGUGCAAAAAUUCUCUGUGCCUUCCUGGUGGUGCAGUUGAUGACACACACACAGAGGGCUGUGGGUCAGAGUGGCCAAAAAGCUUGAUGUAGUACAGUGGUGGGCAACUAUUGGCCUGGGGGCCACAUGUGGCCCUCCUCCUCAUUCAAUUAAUUCAGGUUAAUUCAAAUAUAAAGAAAUUGUACAAAUGAGGAAAACAUGAUCAAAUUUGCCAUGAAGAAGGAUUGCCUCCCCGGGAAAAAUAAAGUAUUUGAAUUUGAAAUAGACACGUUUCUAUAAUUACCUUUGAUUUUUGGUUUCAGUAAGAAAAUAGGGAGAUGUUUCACUUUACCUGUACAAUUCCUUUAUAUGCACCAUUAAAUGCAUUUAUAUAAAUUGAGAGUACCCCACAGUGUCUAACAUUUUGGCCCUCCAAUGCUGAGAAUAAAAAUAAUGUGGCCCUCUCAGUGACCAAAGUUGCCCGUCCCUGAUGUAGCAGGACAUCCUGAUGUUUUUGUAUACUGGGUUUCACAGGUAUUGUAACAUAAUAAGGAUGCAUUCCAGCCUCAUGCUUCUGUAUCUUAAAGUACUCAAAAAUGUCCUCAUACACAUUUGUCAAAUGUAGGGUUGCCAUGAAAUUUAAACACAAAUAUGUUAAUAGGAAAAAUCAAAAUGUGAUACCUAUUUCGAUACCAAAGCAACAAAAAUUGGCACCCAAUUUAAAUAAUUUCUUGUUUUCAGUUGUAAAGAAAUUCAAGCAAACUCCUGCACUAAAAAUUGGCAAUGUUACAAUGCCAGUGUUUUUUUUUUCUAAGACUGUGCAGAAGUUCUUUUGCAAUUUUGGUGGAUUCAUUCAUUUUCUAUGCAACUGUCCUAUGUCCUAAUAGUCAUAUUUAGUACUAUUUAUGAAUAAUAACCAGACUGUACUUUUUAAACCGGUGGUAUUAAAAAAAAAUCUGUUUUGACAACCUUCGAAAAAUGCAGAAUGCAAAAAAAAAAAUCCUUGGAGUAAAAGUGCUCAAGUGUAAUGUCUGGAGAGGAGGCGUGUUUAGGAGACAUAAAUGAUAAAAAUUGUAACCGAGUGCACUCAGUUUAGCUAAAAGGUUCAACUUUGUUCAAAUAAAACAACAUUUUUGACCCAAA